AAGACACCAGUACUCUCAUCGCUCUCGCUUUUCAACCACCACUCAACAACUAUAAAGCUCGAUAUACCCCUGGCCCUGUUGAUGAUCCAGUCUUUUCGUUAUUCUCAAUGGGGGUGAAACGAAUUUCACUACAUCGGUACCAAUCUGAGGGCAGGUCUCUCACUUAUAGGCUUUGGCACGGGGCCCAAUCGACUAUUUGGCUGAGCCCCAAGUGCCGGAAAUAGGGCAGUUCUGUUGCGGAUAGAGGCAGAUCAGUCCGACAUGCACAACAUUCAUGAUCAUGAUGAGGCCCAAAGGUGUGCGGUCUAAACCCGGCGUGGUGUGCUUGCUUUCAGUCUAGCAAGUAAGGAGUUUUUCGCCCGAGAUUGGGGAGGGACCCUCAUGCUCAAAACGGUGUUGAAGGAGAUAGGUAUAUCAGCAAGCAAAAUCCAAAGGUUUGCCCACCUUUCCCAACCUUUCCCUUGUACUUCACUGAAACUAACUCUGCUCCACAAUAUGUGUUACAACAUAAUUCAAUAUGUCGAGUAUGCUUGCUCUCAUCGCUUUGUCACCAGGCGUCAGAAGGUGGACUGUAACGACAAAAAGUGUCGAUUCAGCAAUAUGCAUAACGCUGAAGAGCACAACUGCAUCAACACGUGCUUACAGAGUAUGAUGGCAGCUCAAGGGCUUGUGAUGGAUACGGAUAAUAACUCUUGCUCUGGGUGCUUAACCAAUGGUACCCACUAGGGGGCCUUUCCAAACUUCACUCAUCCGAAUAAGUAGUCUGUUAUUGAUCUUGGGAUAUCAAACGUU